AUGGGAUUGAGACAAUUGCUGGUUGGGGCGGCCCUGAGCGCUGGCUCCGUGAUGGCAGCCUCUGUGUCAUGCGCCAUGCCGUUGAGCUGUCACAAUAUCUCGGCUGUAGCUGAUACUUGCCGCUUCAACUACCCCGGUGGUCAACUCCUUCAAACCCAAUUUUGGGACACUAAUCCAUCGACUGGGCCGAAUAACUCGUGGACCAUCCAUGGCCUCUGGCCCGACAAUUGCGAUGGAACUUAUGAACAGAAUUGUGAUAAUUCCAGAGCAUACACCAAUAUCACUGCGAUCCUUCAAGAGCAGGAUCCCUGUACUCUGGAGUACAUGCAAACAUACUGGAAAGACUACACAGGCAACGAUGAGAGCUUUUGGGAGCACGAAUUCGGCAAGCAUGGCACAUGCAUCAGCACUCUUGAACCCAGGUGCUAUCCCAAUUACCAGCCUACUCAGGAAGUUGGUGAUUAUUUCAGGAGGGCCGUCACUCUGUUCCAAACUCUCCCCUCAUAUGAUUGGCUUGCCGCAGCUGGCAUCUUGCCAUCAUCAACAACUACGUACACUCUGGCUGCAAUCCAGGAUGCUCUUACUUCGCAUUUCGGCCACAACGUCAUCAUCAACUGCAACAAGAAUGGUGAGCUUGACGAGUUAUGGUACCAAUACAAUGUCCGUGGCUCCGUUCAGUCAGGCGUGUUUGUCCCCGUUGACCCCGUUGGCGCACCCUCUACUUGCCCUAAGACUGGCAUCAAAUAUCUGCCCAACACUAGCACCACACGUCCGACCAUACCGGCAGGUGUCCUUUCCGGCAAGGCUUACAUAUAUGUCGACACUCCUAGCACAACGAGUCCUGGGUUCCUCAUCAGCAAGGGGGCGUGGUAUCGCGGCGGCGGUACCCCAGCUACGUACACUGCUACGCCAAACGCUGACGGCACGACAUUUUCCCUGAACUCUAGUAAGGGCAAGUGCGCAGUCUUGAGCGACUCUUCCUUUAGCUGCGAUACCUCCAUCACUGCCGGCAGCAGUUUUGCCUAUGAUGGCUCGCAUUUGACGUUUGAAGGAUCAUCGACUUUCUAUGCCACUGAGGUUCCAACUGGACAAGCCCAGGGCACCGUAUUUACGAGUCCUCAGGUAAUCUCACUACAGGUUACCUGGAAUCCUUUAUCAUAG